AUGAUAGACGAAGACGGACUUAUAAGACUCAAUGGGCGCCUUAAAAAUGCGACCAUACCAAUAUACGAACGUUUUCCCGUCAUAUUGCCAAAGGACAACGCCUUGUGCACAUUGUUAAUAGCUCAAGCCCAUGAGUGUACCAUGCAUGGAGGAGUUCAAUCAACACUUAAUUUUUUAAGACGACGAUACUGGAUUAUCGACUCUCGUUCGGCUGUCAAGCGUUAUAUCCACAGCUGUGUUCGUUGUAUUAGACAUCGUAGCACUGAUGCAACGCAAAUUAUGGGUAGCCUUCCUGCGCCGCGCUGCAAUAUUUCAAGAGCCUUCAGUCACUGUGGGUUGGACUACGGCGGUCCUUAUUCUAUUCGUACUACGAAAGGCAGAGGUCACCACAGCUACAAAGGCUACGUAGCUCUCUUUGUUUGCUGUAGUACGCGAGCCGUUCAUUUGGAACUCGUUAGCGACAUGAGUACUGAAACGUUUCUCGCUGCGCUACGCCGAUUUUUUUCUCUGCGUGGAUAUAGCUCUGACAUAUAUAGUGAUUGUGCUACGACUUUCGUUGGUGCGAAUGCAGAGUUAAGAGAACACCACGCUGCAUUGCGAAAGCAACUUGAAACAGCAGCUAGUGCUAUGAGUACUCGAGGUGUUUCGUGGCACUUUAUACCUGCAGGGUCUCCGAAUUUUGGAGGUAUAUGGGAGGCCGGCAUCAAAAGCACAAAACAUCAUUUAAAACGCACAAUAGGUAGCGCAACGCUGACGUUCGAAGAAUUCUACACGGUGCUAAAGCAAAUCGAAGCGGUGCUUAACUCAAGGCCGCUGUGUGCUUUGACUGAUGAUCCGAACGACCUAUCGGCACUCACCCCUGGGCACGUUUUGGUGGGCGGGCCCAUUUUAGCUACACCCGAACCUAGCCUACUCGAAGUUGAUACAAGCAGACUCAAAAGGUGGAAACAAGUUCAAAAAAUGCAGCAAGAUUUUUGGAAGCGAUGGAGUUAUGAAUAUUUACGAGAACUACAAGUCAGGCAUAAAUGGUUUCAACGCAAAGACAAUCUGAAGGUUGGCAAUUUGGUGCUGUUACGCGAUGAGCGUGCUCCUCCUACUCAUUGGCCGCUUGGACGCAUAAUUGAAGUUCAUCCAGGCGACGAUGGUGUCGUUCGAGUAGCAACUAUACGCACAGCGUCGUCUGUUUUAAAACGUGCUAUUUCGAAGUUGAUUGUACUCCCAAUUGAAGAUGAAGGGACGCAUAUGGUGGGCGGCCAUUCCUCUGAAAUUUCGUCGCAGCAAGUGGACGAGGUGGGCGGAAUGUUACGGAGGAAUGCAACUCUGCGUUGA